AUGAAGUCUAUUUUGGCUAUCCUUACUCUCGCUGUUGGCCUUGUCAGUGCCGACACUUUAACCAUUGAUCUCCACGCCGGCAGUUGUCAAGAUACUGCUUUCCAAUCCUUCACAAUUGGAAAUAUUGGAGAAUGCCACCCUGCUCAUGAAGCAUUCAACUUUUAUGUCCAACACAACAUUGCCCAGAGUUUCUUUGGCCGCAAUCUGGGUAUCCGGGCCUUCCGGAAUGGCGACUGCACCGGGGCAUUCAGUACCAACUCGUUGUCCAACUCUCGCCAAUGCAUUUCAGCUGAAGGCGCUAGCUUCAUGCUCACCAACAUCAACUAA